UUUGGUCUUCUCCCACACCUUUUAUCUAUUCAUUGAUCCAAAACAAAUUUGAAUUCAUCCAAAGCGAAAUAAGAAUUAAAAUUUUAAAUUUAGAAGUGGUUAGAAUUUCCCUGAAAAUCCAGAUUAUUUAUUAUGUUGCUCAGAAAGUCUACUUCCGUAUGCUUGCUUCUGCUAAGUAUUCAUGUUUCGGUGUUGGCCGCGUUUGAACCUUUUUCAUUUACGACAGCUGCGAUUGGUGCCGGUCUUGGCUGGUUGAAAUGGGAUUCCGUGAUGGACAAUACGUACUGCAAAGCAUACGAGUGUUGCAGGAAACCUUAUCUCAAGUGGAAUGUUGAAGGAUUGAAGCAUGAUCUGAAGAAUUUCCUCUACGGACAACAUAUCGUUGAGGAUGUAUUGGUCAACGCAAUAGGGGCACACUUGGACAAUAUUGAAUCGUCUCGUAAGCCGCUUGUUCUAAGCUUCCACGGAACAUCAGGCGUUGGUAAAACCUACGUGUCUCAAUUAGUAAUAGCCAAUCUAUUCGAAAUGGCAGACAGGAGUAGUUUCGUACAGCGUUUUUCGGGACGAAUCCCUUUUACAUCGAGCAGCUUGAUUGAAACUCAUAAGGUCAAACUUCAAAACACCAUUUUGGAAAGCUUAAGAGAUUGUCCCCAAUCAUUGUUUAUUUUCGACGAUGUGGAAGAAAUGCCACCAGGAAUCUUGAACUACAUUGUUCAUAUUCUGGAUCAUAAUCUCAUAUUGGACGGUGUUAGCUUAUCAAAAGCUAUAUUUAUAUUCAUAUCGAACAUUGGCGGUGUGGAAAUAUCACAAAUUCUUCGGAAUUUGCUGGAAAACGGUGGUACUAGAGAAAAUGCAGACUUUCAUGACUUCGAAUCUGCUUUACAACUGGCAUCUUACGAUUCUGAAAAUAAUGGGUUUUUCCGUAGUCAACUAAUCGAUUCUUACGUCGUGGAUUAUUUUGUGCCAUUUCUGCCGUUGGAGGAGUCACAUGUUCGUUCCUGUAUAAUGCAGGAAUUUUUUCUUCUCAAUAUCACAGAACAACAAAUAGACGAUGACAUGUUAAGAAAAAUCACGCGACACAUUACUUUUGACGGAAUAUUCGUGAACGGAGGCUGCAAAAGAAUAACCAAAAAAGUCGGAGCUCUAGUGAGGGAGUAUUUUGGAUAGAUGUAUAUACAUAUAAAACGUCGUUGGAAGUAGAACGAAAUGGAAUAGAAAGGUCCCAUCUGUGAAAAUCGUCUGGGGUUGAAUGAAACAAGAUUUGUCAGGAAAUGCACCUGAUACCAAUGCGGACUGAAAUUUAUUUUGUUAAAGUAAAAUGUACAUAUUUACAUUCGAUAAAUAAUCGAAACAUGUUGAACACACAAAAUAGACUAAAGUAACAUUAUGCUUCUAA